ACAGCUUGAUAUUAUGUUUAUAAGUAAGGAAGAUGAUAAAUAUUACGAAUUAAUGUAUGUGGAGUGUUCCAGGAUCAUCUGUACUAAACAGAAAGAAGAAAAUAAUGAUAUAAAAUUAUGGUGUAAAUGUAAUGAUGAAUUAUUCUGGAUGCAAAAAAGUCUGGAGGAUUUUGAUGAUUCUGAUGAAAUUGAGCUUACUAAAAAUCAAAAUAUAGAAUUAGAUUUAAUACGAGAUUUACAGAAUGGUAUAUUUAUUAUUAUACCUGAUCCUAUAGAAACACCUCCCGAAGAUAUCAUGAAUAAUGGGCAGAACCCAGACUCUUUGAGUCAUGAAAAAUCAUCAUCUAGUCAAUUUAUGACUAUCUCCAGCAAAAUCACAACACAAAGCUUAAUCAAUUUGUUUAGAAAAACUAUACGAUCUGGAUAUGAAAAAAUUUUAUCCUGA